UGUCCCAGCAGGUCUCAGAGCUGGAGAGGUCUGAGGGGGACCUCUUCGUCCUGCUGCCCUGUCAGCAUCACAUACUUGAACCAGACAACACGACGGUGGUCUGGGUCCGUCAGGACCUCCGUCCCUCCACCGUCCACUGGCGUGAGCCAGGAGGAGACAAGCUGGAGGACCAGAACGAGCUGUACAGAGGCAGAACCUCCAUGAAGGAGGACGCUCUGGAAACUGGAGACCUGAGUCUGAACCUGAGACACCUGCAACUGUCUGACAGUGGAACCUACACCUGCACCGUCAGGACCUCCAGAGGAGGACAGCAGAACCUGAAUGAUGUAGACCUGCAGGUCAAAGAACAGUACCAUCCAUGGUGGCCUGGAGUUGUCCUGCUGGUCCUGCUGGUUCUAGUUCUGGUUCUUUCUGGAGGUCUCAUGUAUCAGUUUCGACACCAUUUCAUGCCAGGGUAUAAAACAGACGUGGAGGUAGACUCAGGGGUGGAGUCUGUCCUGUUGCCCUGCAGGACCACCUUGGACCUGCCUGAAAGUGUUAAAGUGGAGUGGAAGAACCGAGACAAGAAUAAGAUUCAUGUCUUCAAGAAGAACUCAGGUCAGUCUAAAGAACAACUGAUGUUCUACAGAGACAGAACCGAGAUGAAGGAAGACCUCUUGAGGUCUGGAGACCUGAGUCUGACUCUGAAACACCCCACCCGGGCUGACACGGACAUCUACACCUGCACCGCCUACAGCAGGAGGAGAACCGUUCAGGUGAAGAAGAAGGUCAAGCUGAAGGUCAAAGUCCCACAGGUGGAGGUGGAGUCAGGGGCGGAGUCUGUCCUGCUGUCCUGUCAGACCACAGUUCACCUGACUGAAGACACUAAAGUGGAGUGGAGGGACAGUGAUAACUGGUUGGUCCAUUCAGUUUUGAAUGGUUCUGAUCAACUCCAGAAACAGGACUGGUUCUACAGAAACAGAACAAUGAUGGACAAAGACAUGCUGAGGACUGGAGACCUGAGUCUGACCCUAAUGAACCCCACAGACAGAGAUGAAGACACCUUCACCUGCACCGUCUACAACAGGGAGGGAGACAUCCUGAUGAAGAAACAGAUUCAGCUGAAGGUCCAAGACUUCCAGGUGGAGGUGGAGGAGGGGGCGGAGUCUGCCGUGCUUCCUUUCAGAACAACAUCUGAGCUGCUGACAGACACGAAGCUGAUGUGGUGGCGCUACUCACCUGGACCAGUAAUGAGAGUCUCUGAGUAUCCUCCUCAAAGACUGAAGCAUCAGUCCAGAUCCAGAACCAGGGUGAAUGAAGACUGCCUGAGAACCGGAGACCUGAGUCUGACUCUGACCCACCUGACAGAUGAAGACUUUGGAAGCUACAGAUGUGGAGUUUAUAAAAAAGGAAAACUACUGAUGUGGACAACAGUCCAUCUCAAAGCCAAAGGAAGAGUCCAGGUCCAGAGUCAAACAGAAGACAUGAGGAGYAGAAGUGUCUCAGUGGAAAUGACUCCUCUGAUGACUCAGAUGGAAGAUGGAUGAAGAGAGAACUCUUCUUCCAAGUUUCAGACUAUUGAUGAGUGAUCAGUGGGCGGAGUCCAUGUGAUGAUGUCAUAAGCUGAUCAGCUGGGUGUUUGGACUUCAAUGUCUUGUUGUUUGAUUAUUUGUUUUGGACUUUUGAACAUAAGGUGUUGUAAAGGUUUUAUAAUCUUCUCCUAAAGAGGCACAAACAGAAGAGAGUGUCUGACUGGACUGAUACCAGAUGCAGUUUGCAGAUGGAUCGAUGAUUGAUGGAUGGAUGAUGGAUGAUGGAUGGAUGGAUGAUGGAUGGAUGAUGGAUGGGUGAU